GCGCCCCAAGCGUUACGGCACGCGCCAUCACAAUGGAGCGUGCAGUGGUUUCGGUACAUGAGUCGGCGUAGCAUCUCGAUGGCAACGGCAGAGCAGGCCUACCGCGACCUCCUCACGACGGUCGAGGCGCAAAAGGCGGCGACGAAGAAGGCGUCGGAGGCGCUUCUGGAGCAGUCGGCGCUCACGACGCUCGUCACCGAGCUCGACUGGCUCAAGAAACGCAAGGCUCGGGCCCAUGUGCGCGUCCAGAAGCGCUGUGACCACCUCAAGCAUCUCCGGCUCUGGUUCGACUCGUACGACAUCGACAAGUCGGGUGGGAUCUCGGUGCAGGAGCUCAUUUGGCCGAUGCUGGUCCUCGGAUUCGCCAACACCCUCGCCGAGGUCAAAGCGCUCCUCGUUGCCGCCGACAGCGACGGCGACGGCCAAAUCGGCUUUGACGACUUUGUCGAGAUUAUGAACGCACACGAUACCAACGGUAAAGACAGCGUCCACCCGCUCGAGAAGCUCGUGCACCUCGUUGAGACGGGCCAGCUCGGGGACCGCAGUCUCUCGCUGCAGACACUCUUGCCAUCGUACCAGCGCCAGCUCAUGCUUUCCGCACUCAUGUCGUACGGUGACGUCGCCACGACGCGGGCCGGGAUGGCCGCGCGGGAGGCGAACGAAGCCGUGCUGAAACGAGCUACCAUUGCCCUUGGCGCGUCCAAAGACCUUGGUAGUUCUUUCCAACGAACCCCGCCGUUGCCGCGCAAGAAGGCGUCGGUGGUCAUGCCCAAACUCUCGGUGCUGAGCCCGGUCGUCGUCCAGCGCCGGCUCGUUUACGAGAGCAAGAGGGAGCGCCGUGCCCAUGCGUCGGAAGCCAAUACGAUGCAUCUCUUCCUCGAAAACAUGCUAGCGACCGGACCGUCCGACGCAGGUCGUCGGUCGAGUGCCGACGCCGCGAUCCAACCGUCUGCGCGCUGAAAAGUACAUCUUUUUCCAGUCC